AUGGCUACAAAGACUCCAUCAAUUAUUAAUAAUUUAGUUAAAGAAAAUACCUUUGGAAUAAAAAAAAGUGAGUUGAGUGUUAAAGCUGGUUAUUGGACAAAAAGUGAUAAUUUUAAUUUUCUUGAAAAUAAUAUAUAUUUUGAUGAAGACCAUUUGGAACAAGAUCCCUCUUUGACAACAUUUUAUAAUGAUUUUUUAAAAGCAUCAAUUGUUAAGGCAUAUUUUUUACCAUUAAUAUAUCAAAAAUCAUUAGAAAAGUUUCAUAAAAUUGUUUCUGUUAUGAUAUUGUUAGAAGAAAAGCCAAUAAAUUAUUUGAAAAAAUUAGCAUGUGGUGUUUAUAUUAUAAGAGCUUUUGAAAUUGUUAAAAAGAUUUGGAAUAUCAAAGAUUAUGAUUAUAAUUUAAUGUCAGAAUUUGAUGCAGAGUUAAAAAAAAUUGAAAAUAUUAUCGAUAAUAUGGCUUCUAAUGUUGGAUUAAAAAUACAUAUUAGUACAUCUACAAAAAUUCUUCGUUCACCAAAACAAACAAUUGUUAACAUGGAAAGAUAUGAAGAUUUACGUCAUGAAUCUCAAACUGAUCUUGUUACUGUCUAUGAUGAUAGAAAAAUUUUAAUUAAAAAAUGUUAUAAUUGUCAUGGAAUUGGAAAACCUCAAUUCAAAAUGACAAAAAAAAUUUAUUUUGAUAACGUUAAAAAUGUUAAUAUUUUUGGAAGAAUACUUGGACCAUCUGGCAAUACACUCCGAAAAAUAGAAAGAUUAACACAUUCAGUAAUACAUAUACGUGGAUCUAAAUGUGUUUCUUUUGCUAAUAAAAUUUAUGAUUAUCCAUUUGAAACAGAUGAAGAUACACAUAAAUAUGUCAGAGAACCUUUACAUCUUUUAAUUGAGGUUAAAAGUGAUUCUGAAGUUAAUUGUUAUAGAAAUGUACAAAAAAUAAAAAGAAAAAUUUUAAAACUUCUUGAUUUAGAAAAAUCUUAA